CUGCUACUAGCUCCCAGCAGAGAUGCAGAAUCUCCCUGUCGAGCUUCAGCUUCAAAUUGUCAGCUUCUUGGAUGUGAAGACGAUACUUUCUCUGCGCAAGACGUGCACAUCCUUGUCUCAAUUCACCCAUGACCGCAGCUUAUGGCUCGAUUUAAUUCCUCGGAUGUCCCAUAUCCUCCCGCGGCCGCUUUCUGAGUCGGAAACUGCAACACUGUCGACUUUGGAGUUGGAACACAUUAUCAAAACUGCAAUGCACGUCGAGCAGGUGUGGCUGCUGCCGAGGAAGGACUCUUUUCUCGUCAAGGAACGAUGUGAUUCAGAUGACAUUGAAAACUCAAUCCCUCGUGUCCGAUAUCUAGCUUUUGUCUCCGACCACUAUUUGCUGUCCUUGGGCUCUGAGGGAAAAAUCAACUUGUGGAAAAUCAAUGAUGUUUUCGCACCUUUCGCUGCAGAGGUUUUCGUCACCUAUGCUUCUUCAACAUGGUAUCCUUGUGCAUAUCAUUUGAAUGCAACUGGUUCCGUACUUGCUAUUGCAUUGACGCAUGUUGAACUCGUUGCUGCAAGAGUUUUAACCAUCUCUCUCGAUACCGGUAGUUCAUCGGAAUUAGGUCCUCCCAUUCUAGUCACUCAAGGAGAAUUUUCAAUAUUUCCACCACAAGUUAUCAGAGCGAUUGAUGCCGACUUAGAGUUUGCUUUGCUGUCUAACACUGCCUUAUCAUUCGAAGUUGUGAACUGGAGAACCAAAGCUCAAGCUACAAUAGCUCUUCGUGCUAAUGAUCCUGGAGAUUUAUGGAAUGGCAUCACCGCCAUGCGGAUAUGUGGGCCGUAUAUCCUGGUUUUUAGAAUGCACACCGUCGAGGCGUAUCCUCUCCCCUCCCAUAUAUCUUCUGGAGUUGAGGAGCGUUCUGAUAUUCUACCCCAACUCACAUUCAGAUUCCCACAUACCAUGACCUAUCGCCGUGUAUCUCUCACGAAAACUACGUGCAUCAAAGACGAUGAAUCCGAAACCUACGGGCUAUCCGCGCUUGCAAACGAUCUAUUCCAUGGCAUAUUUCAUUUCCAUGUGAAGUUGACAGUGCGUGCCUUGCCGUCAUUGUCGGUCUCGCCUUUGGGAGUCCGUCCCAUGGCAGUCGCUUCGCCACAAUUUAUCGCGGCGCCACUGCCUGAAGAUUUAUCGCCACCACUGGCGCCUCCAGUCCCGUUUGGGAUUGUGCAGGACACGAGGACAUUUGUAUCAGCUUGGGCAUUGGGAGACUACGGAAGACGCGGGAUCUGGGUAGCAAGGUCGCGGACCAGCAUGAUCCGUACCGUCGUGGCAUUCACAAAUCCUCCGGAUGUUAUCAAUACAGCAAACGUCGACUCGGAAAGGCCAAGGCUGAUUAACGGCCAAGUGGUUCAUGAUAUACCCUUACGAGAUGACAUCACAGUGUGCGCUGUCUCGGACACUACGGGGAGAAUGGCGCUUGCAUCUUGGGCAGGUUCAAUAACUAUAUUGUGAAUUCCUUGCUCUCGUUCUUCAAUUUGCACAUGCGUAGACAUGUCAUACUGAUGACUUGGCGUUCCCCUCUACCAAGAGUGCACAUAAUCUCUGUAUCCCAUCGUCCGUAGAUUGGCAUAGAGUCUAAACAAGCACCAAAUAAACGAGCAUAGCAG